UCGAUUUAAUUUAAGUCAUCAAAAGUCAUUUUUAAAUCCAGAUAUUCUUAUAACGGUGAAAUAAAACAUGCUUCAAGCUUUUAAAAGUGCCGUUCCUCGCACUCAAAUGUUGAGGAAUCAAUUCAAACCAAAGUACUUGUCAUCCACAAUUCGUAAGUAUGCUUCAUCUUCUGAUAGUUUUUUACAAACCAAUAAUGCUACCUAUGUUGAUGAAAUGUAUGAUGCUUGGAGAAAAGAUCCUUCAAGUGUUCACGUUUCUUGGAAUGCUUAUUUUAAAAAUAUUGAAAAUAAUAAUAUUAGUCCUUCCAGCGCUUUCACCGCCCCACCAACUUUGGUUCCAACUCCUGCCGGUGGUGCUGGGGUUGGAUUUGAUCCAGAUUCAACUCCAAUUAAUGAAGAUGUUGUUACUCAUUUAAAGGUUCAAUUAUUGGUUCGUGCUUAUCAAGUUAGAGGUCAUCAAAAGGCUAAAAUUGAUCCUUUGGGGAUUUCUUAUGGUGAUAAAUCUGAUAUUCCAAAAGAAUUAAAAUUAGAGCAUUACGGUUUCACUGAAGCUGAUUUAAAUAAACAAAUUACUUUAGGUCCAGGUAUCUUACCUCGUUUUGCUGAAUCCGGUAAAAAAACUUUAAGUUUAAGAGAAAUUAUCGAUAGUUGUGAACGUUUAUACUGUAACACUUACGGGGUUGAAUAUAUUCAUAUUCCUUCUAAAGAACAAUGUGAUUGGUUAAGAGAAAGAAUUGAAAUUCCUCAACCUUUUAAAUAUUCUCCUGAUCAAAAAAGACAAGUUUUAGAUCGUUUGAUUUGGUCUUGUUCUUUUGAAAGCUUCUUGGCCACCAAAUUCCCAAAUGAUAAAAGAUUUGGUUUGGAAGGGGCUGAAUCAAUUGUUCCUGGUUUAAAAGCUUUAAUUGAUACCUCAGUUGAAUUUGGUGUUGAAGAUGUUGUUAUUGGUAUGCCUCAUAGAGGUCGUCUUAAUAUGUUAUCUAACGUUGUUCGUAAACCAAAUGAAUCUAUUUUUUCUGAAUUCACUGGUUCUAGAGAAUUCGAUGAAGGUUCCGGUGAUGUUAAAUAUCAUUUAGGUAUGAAUUAUGCUAGACCAACCACUUCAGGUAAACACGUUAAUUUAUCAAUUGUUGCUAAUCCUUCUCAUUUAGAAGCUGAAGAUGGGGUUGUUUUAGGUAAAACUAGAGCUAUUCAACAAUAUAAAAAUGAUAUUGGUGAAUAUCAACGUGCUAUGUCCAUUUUAUUACAUGGUGAUGCUGCUUUCUCUGCUCAAGGGGUCGUUUACGAGACUAUGGGUUUUGCUAAUUUACCUGCUUACUCAACUGGUGGUACCAUUCAUAUCAUUGUUAAUAACCAAAUUGGUUUCACUACUGAUCCAAGAUUUGCUAGAUCUACUUUAUACCCUUCAGAUAUUGCUAAAGCCAUCAAUGCCCCAAUCUUCCAUGUUAAUGCGGAUGAUGUCGAAGGUAUUAUCUUUGUCUUCAACUUGGCCGCUGAAUGGAGAGCAACUUUCCAUUCCGAUGUCUUAAUUGAUGUUGUUGGUUACCGUAAAUAUGGUCACAACGAAACUGAUCAACCAGCUUUUACUCAACCAUUAAUGUAUCAAAAAAUUGCUGAAAAGAAAUCAGUUUUGGAUUACUAUACUAAACAAUUAAUUGAAGAAGGUACUUUCACUAAAGAAGAUAUUGAUGAACAUAAAAAAUGGGUUUGGAAUCUUUUAGAUGAAUCUUUUGAUAAAUCAAAAGAAUAUCAACCAACUUCAAGAGAAUGGUUAACCACUCCUUGGGAAGAUUUCAAAUCUCCAAAAGAAUUGGCUACUGAAGUUUUACCUCAUUUACCAACUUCUGUUGAUGCUGAUACUUUGAAAAAAAUUGGUACCACCAUUUCUGAAGCUCCAGAAGGUUUUGAAAUUCACCGUAACUUGAAACGUAUUUUAAACAAUAGAAAAAAGACUGUCGAUAGUGGUGAAGGUAUUGAUUGGGCUACUGGUGAAGCUUUGGCUUUCGGUUCUUUAGCUUUAGAAGGUUAUCAUGUUAGAGUUUCUGGUCAAGAUGUUGAAAGAGGUACUUUCUCUCAACGUCAUGCUGUCUUACAUGACCAAAGUUCAGAAGCUACUUAUACUCCAUUGAAUCACUUAAGUGAAGAUCAAGGUGCUUUUGUUAUUUCUAAUUCUUCAUUAUCAGAGUAUGGUGUUAUGGGUUUUGAAUAUGGUUAUUCAUUAACUAGUCCUGAUGCUUUAGUUCAAUGGGAAGCUCAAUUUGGUGAUUUUGCUAACACUGCUCAAGUUGUUGUUGAUCAAUUCAUUGCUGCUGCUGAAUCUAAAUGGAAACAACGUUCUGGUUUAGUUUUAUCUUUACCUCAUGGUUAUGACGGUCAAGGUCCAGAACAUUCUUCUGGUAGAAUUGAAAGAUAUUUACAAUUAUGUAAUGAAGAUCAACGUUAUUUCCCAAGUCCAGAAAAAUUAGAACGUCAACAUCAAGAUUGUAACAUGCAAGUUGCUUAUCCAACCACUCCUGCUAACUUAUUCCAUUUAUUACGUCGUCAAAUGCAUAGACAAUUUAGAAAACCUUUGGCUCUUUUCUUCUCUAAACAAUUAUUACGUCAUCCAUUAGCUAGAUCUAGUUUAGAAGAAUUCACUGGUGAUUCUCAUUUCCAAUGGAUUAUAGAAGAUGCUGAAUUAGGUCAAUCAAUUGCUCCUAGAGAAGAAAUCAAACGUGUUGUCCUCUGUACUGGUCAAGUUUUCACUGCUUUAAGUAAGAAACGUGCUUCAAUCGAAGACAAAUCAACUGCUUUCAUUAAAGUUGAACAAUUACAUCCUUUCCCAUACGCUCAAUUACGUGAAUCUUUAGAUAGCUUCACUGCUCUUGAAGAUUUGGUUUGGUGUCAAGAAGAACCUUUGAAUAUGGGUGGUUAUUCAUUUGCUGCUCCUCGUUUAGAAACCGUUUUGGCUGAAACUGAAAACCACAAAGACUUAUCUUUACGUUAUGCCGGUCGUGAUCCUUCUGCUUCUAUUGCUGCUGGUACUAAAGCUAUGCACAAUGCUGAAGAAGAAACUUUCUUGAAUGAAGUUUUCCAAAACUAAAUGCAUUAAAGAGUCAACUCUAUAUAUAUAUAUAUUUAUUACUAUUCUUGCUUCUACCUAUUCUUUUUAUUUGAUUACUGUCUCUGUUUUGAGUCUAUAGGUUUUCUUUUAC